GUUUGCCAUCUUCCGCUGCUGUCGCCAUCCCGAGGGAAGCAUUAAAAAUCCCAAACAACAAACACGGUGGUUGAGCCCGUUCCUCCCUCCCGAGGCGGAUUCCGUGUGCCCGCGGCGGGGCCGGGCCGGGCCGGGCGCCGCGCUGCCCCCCCCGCCCCGCUCCCGUCCCCCCCCGCCCGUGUCGGUGGUACAGUCUGCAGAGGGACCGCGCCGCCGGCCCCGCAGCUGCCACAGCGCCAGCGCUCCGCCGCCACCGGCAGCCUUCGGGGGAUUCGCCGGGAUGUCUUAGCCAAGUGCAGAGGAAGAAAUGACCAUGUAGAGUCUACAGCUUGGGUGCACAUAAUGGGAAGUGGUGAAUGGAGCGGAGCUGGUCUGCAGCCUUGAGAGCAGCCGUUCUGCGGACCACUGGGCAGCCAGGGACACCUUGCGCGCCGGAGGCGUUCUCCACCUCGCUCGCCGGGCACACGCGGGAUUCUUUUUAAUUUCUGAGGUUGGAAUUCAAGAUUCCUUUCCUUCAAUUUUUAAACAGUUUUAAGAUUGUAUCCACUACAACAAGCGGAGCAAUAUAAUCAGCAACAAUGGGUGACAUGACAAAUAGCGAUUUUUAUUCCAAGAACCAAAGAAAUGAGGCCAACCAUGCAGGAGAGUUUGGGUGCACACUGCAAGAACUGCGCUCCCUCAUGGAACUUCGAGGAACAGAAGCGGUAGUAAAAAUCAAAGAGACAUAUGGGGAAACAGAGGGGCUCUGCAGGCAUCUGAAGACAUCACCAACAGAAGGAUUAGCUGGCACUGCUGCAGACCUAGAAAAGAGAAAGCUUAUUUUUGGAAAAAAUUUUAUACCUCCAAAGAAGCCAAAAACAUUCUUACAGCUAGUCUGGGAAGCGUUGCAGGAUGUGACUCUUAUAAUCUUGGAAAUUGCAGCCAUCAUAUCUUUGGGGCUUUCGUUUUAUCAGCCACCUGGAGAAGGGAAUGAAGGGUGUGGUACUGCGACAGGCGGAGCUGAAGACGAGGGUGAGGCUGAAGCUGGCUGGAUCGAAGGUGCUGCCAUCCUACUCUCCGUUAUCUGUGUCGUACUCGUCACUGCCUUCAAUGACUGGAGCAAGGAGAAGCAGUUCCGCGGGCUUCAAAGUCGUAUUGAGCAGGAACAGAAAUUUACCGUUGUCCGAGGUGGGCAGGUUAUCCAAAUCCCAGUGGCAGAGAUAGUAGUUGGUGACAUUGCACAGGUGAAAUAUGGUGAUCUUCUACCUGCCGAUGGGAUAUUUAUUCAAGGAAACGAUCUUAAAAUUGAUGAAAGCUCUUUGACUGGAGAGUCAGACCAAGUCCGCAAGUCUGUUGACAAAGACCCGAUGCUACUGUCAGGUACUCAUGUCAUGGAAGGCUCUGGACGAAUGCUUGUAACUGCCGUGGGUGUGAAUUCUCAGACAGGCAUCAUCUUUACUCUGCUAGGCGCUGGAGGAGAAGAAGAAGAAAAGAAAGAUAAGAAAGGCAAAAUGCAGGAUGGGAAUAUGGAGAACAGCCAGAACAAAGCCAAGCAGCAGGAUGGGGCUGCUGCCAUGGAGAUGCAGCCACUGAAGAGUGCGGAAGGGGGAGAGGGAGAUGACAAAGACAAGAAGAAAUCCAACAUGCACAAGAAAGAAAAAUCCGUUCUUCAGGGAAAGCUGACCAAGCUGGCCGUCCAGAUAGGCAAAGCAGGUUUGGUGAUGUCUGCCAUCACCGUAAUCAUUUUGGUACUGUAUUUUGCCAUUGACACGUUUGUGGUCAACAAGAAACAGUGGCUGCCCGAGUGCACUCCCGUCUACGUUCAGUAUUUCGUUAAAUUCUUCAUUAUUGGUGUUACUGUGCUUGUGGUCGCUGUUCCUGAGGGACUUCCACUUGCUGUCACUAUUUCUCUGGCUUAUUCUGUAAAGAAAAUGAUGAAGGAUAACAAUCUGGUCCGCCACUUAGACGCUUGUGAAACUAUGGGUAACGCCACAGCCAUCUGCUCCGACAAAACAGGGACCCUGACGACCAACCGGAUGACGGUGGUCCAGGCCUACGUUGGUGAUGUCCACUACAAAGAGAUCCCUGACCCUGAUUCUGUACCCGCCAAAACCCUUGAUUUGCUGGUUAAUGCAAUUGCUAUCAACAGUGCUUAUACUACAAAAAUUCUGCCACCAGAGAAGGAGGGUGGCCUGCCUCGCCAGGUGGGCAAUAAGACGGAGUGUGGCCUCUUGGGAUUUGUCCUGGAUUUGAAGCAGGAUUAUGAGCCUGUUCGGAACCUCAUCCCUGAGGAGAAACUCUAUAAAGUUUACACGUUCAACUCUGUCAGAAAGUCAAUGAGUACUGUCAUUAAAAUGCCAGACGGUAGCUUCCGAAUGUACAGCAAAGGAGCUUCUGAAAUUGUUCUGAAGAAAUGUUCCAGGAUCCUUAAUGCAGCUGGUGAACCUCGCAUCUUCAGACCACGUGACCGAGACGAAAUGGUGAAGAAAGUGAUUGAACCUAUGGCCUGCGAUGGGCUGAGAACGAUCUGUGUUGCUUUCCGAGACUUCAGCAGCAGCCCGGAGCCUGACUGGGACAACGAAAACGACAUAUUGUCUGACCUGACUUGCAUCUGUGUUGUUGGCAUUGAAGACCCAGUAAGGCCAGAGGUCCCAGAAGCCAUAAGGAAGUGCCAGCGAGCUGGAAUUACAGUCCGCAUGGUCACUGGAGACAACAUCAACACAGCACGUGCCAUUGCCAUAAAAUGUGGAAUCAUUCAUCCGGGAGAAGACUUUCUCUGCCUUGAAGGGAAAGAGUUUAACAGAAGGAUCCGAAAUGAGAAGGGAGAGAUUGAGCAAGAGCGGAUUGACAAAAUCUGGCCAAAGCUUCGAGUGCUUGCUCGCUCAUCUCCCACAGACAAGCACACUUUGGUGAAAGGUAUUAUUGACAGCACCCAGGUGGAGCAGAGGCAGGUUGUAGCUGUGACUGGUGAUGGAACCAACGAUGGACCAGCACUUAAGAAAGCUGAUGUUGGCUUUGCAAUGGGUAUCGCUGGGACAGAUGUUGCGAAGGAAGCCUCAGACAUCAUCCUAACAGAUGACAAUUUCAGUAGCAUUGUGAAGGCUGUAAUGUGGGGACGUAACGUCUACGACAGUAUCUCCAAGUUCCUGCAGUUCCAGCUCACCGUUAACAUUGUGGCCGUGAUUGUGGCUUUCACUGGAGCCUGCAUUACCCAGGACUCUCCUCUGAAAGCCGUGCAGAUGUUGUGGGUCAAUCUAAUUAUGGACACCUUUGCCUCACUUGCUUUGGCCACCGAACCUCCAACAGAGGCUCUAUUGCUAAGAAAGCCAUAUGGCAGGAACAAACCUCUUAUAUCCCGUACCAUGAUGAAGAACAUUCUGGGCCAUGCUGUUUAUCAGCUUACUCUCAUAUUUACGCUUCUUUUUGUCGGUGAGAAAAUGUUUAAGAUUGACAGUGGGAGGAAUGCACCGCUUCACUCUCCUCCUUCAGAGCAUUACACCAUUAUCUUCAACACCUUUGUCAUGAUGCAGCUUUUCAAUGAAAUCAACGCACGGAAAAUCCAUGGGGAAAGAAAUGUCUUUGAUGGCAUCUUCAGAAAUCCUAUUUUUUGCACUAUUGUACUGGGUACAUUUGCUAUUCAGAUAGUAAUUGUCCAGUUUGGAGGAAAACCAUUUAGCUGUUCUCCCCUGCAGCUUGACCAGUGGAUGUGGUGUGUAUUUAUUGGAUUAGGAGAACUUGUAUGGGGUCAGGUCAUUGCAACCAUCCCAACAAGUAGGCUAAAGUUUUUAAAGGAGGCAGGGAGGCUCACUGAGAAGGAGGAGGUCCCUGAAGAAGAACUCAAUGAAGAUGUGGAAGAAAUUGAUCAUGCAGAGAGAGAACUUCGACGUGGACAAAUUCUCUGGUUCAGAGGGCUCAACAGAAUCCAAACCCAGAUCGAAGUAGUCAAUACUUUCAAGAGUGGCACUUCCUUUCAGGGGGCUCUAAGGAGACAGUCCUCCGUCACAAGCCAGACCCAGGAUAUCCGCGUCGUGAAGGCAUUCCGUAGCUCUCUCUAUGAAGGUUUAGAAAAACCAGAAUCUAGAACCUCUAUUCACAACUUUAUGACUCAUCCUGAAUUUAGGAUAGAAGAUUCCCAGCCCCACAUCCCACUCAUUGAUGACACAGACCUAGAAGAAGACCCUGCUCUCAAGAAAAACUCAAGUCCACCGUCUUCGCUGAACAAGAACAACAGUGCUAUCGACAGUGGAAUAAAUCUUACAACUGAUACAAGUAAAUCAGCUACCUCUUCUAGUCCAGGAAGCCCAAUACAUAGCCUGGAGACAUCACUUUAGCUGAAAAGGUCACUGCAAAAAAAAAAAAAUUAAAAAAAAAUAAAAAAACCCACAGCAACCGAAUUAUAUAAAUAUAUAUAUUAAAAACAUUGCUGGCUGAAAAGCUGUUUGAACUCUUAUUCACUCUGAGACAAGUGAAUGAAUUGUUGAUCACAAUGGUUUUGGGGAAAGAAUGAAUGGCUGAUUUACAUACCCCUCCCCCUUGUUCCCUUUCAGAAAAACAAAAACACAAAAAAAAUCCUCCUGCAUGAAUGUACUGUACACUUCUGGCCCUUCUUUCUCUCUUUUUCUUUCUUUUUAUUUCCUUUUUUUUUUUUUAACUCCUUAAGCAGGAACUGCAGAGGACUUCUUUCUGAGGCUAUUUAUCCAAUUCACUGGUCUGUGAGUUUUUUGAAAUGCUUGUGUGGCAUGGACUCAAUUGUAUAGAUUAAUUUAAAUAACUUUUUUGAAGUUGCAAAGCUUAACUUGCACAGUAGAUUUGCACCAGUUGGACAGAGGAACUUAAACAUUUAUGAGACUAUAUAUAGAGAUAUAUACAUAUAAGUAUAUACAUAAUUAAUUAUAUAUAUGUAUAUAUCUAUCUCUAUAUAUAUAGUUAUAUAUAUAUAAAGUUUCUUUGUUGGCAUGUUGCCUUGUUUCUGCUCAAAUUGCUCUGACUAUUUUAACUUAUUUAUGUCCUAAAAAAGAAUGUAAUUUGUUUACAAACCUGUAGAUAAUAUCCUUAACUAUUUGUAGGGUUAAGAAAGCACUUCCUGCCGAAGUAGUAUAAAAAUGGCUCAGCUCAGCUCAUUGAAAACGUCUGUAAUAUCGCACCCUGGAUAUUUUAUUACAACCGUGUUCUGAUUUCUGCCUGAUUAUUUUUUUUUUUGUUAAAUAAUGUAGAUACUGCUAGUAAAUAACAAAAGAAGCCAAAAUAUAACACAUUGGAUGUAGCAUUGUGAUCCUAUAUACAGGGAGGUAAAACAGGCUUCCUUUGUUUCAAAUAAAAAUCAAAAUGAU